UGCAGAAGACGAUCAUUUCAUUCAAAAUGGCGUCAGUCUUUUGUUUCAUAAUUCCCAUAAAUUCAAGUGUAAAUAAAUUUGUAAACAUAGCGUAUGGAUAUUGCAGUUUUGUUGACAUAUAUUAAAACCUUUAAAGAGAUGACAGUAUUUCGAGAUGUUAGGUGAUGACGACGGAGGAGGUGAAGUUUCGAAUGGAACCCAAGAGAGGCAUAAACAUAGAAAGUCAGGUGGUGACGCAGAUUUCUUCAGGUUGGAUAAGAAACAGGAAGUGGAUUUGUUAAACCAGUCUGGUAGCAAGGAGGACAGUAUAUCUGGUACAAAAGAUGAGUUGAUUAGUGUUCAUCAAGUCUAUGUGAAGAGUGAAGAAUGUGAGGAAGAAAAUGCGAUAAUUGAAGCAGAGGAGAUUGUAUUAGAGACAGUGAAUACAUCGAGCCACAUGUUGCCAGUUAUUGUAGAGGAAGCAGCGACAUCUGUUGUUGAUGAGAUUAUUCAGCAGUCAGAUAAUGGUGAGAUGGAAGAAGAAGGGGAUUUAGAAACAGAGGAACCAAAUGAUGCAAGGUUGAGGGGAGAAGUGCUUCCUCCACUUCAGGUGAAGUUUUCAGCAAAUGGCCCCAGGGGUAGACGCAGUCGUAUUAAGUACAAGGUUAUCAGCAGUGAAUCAGACUACAUAUCAAGUAUGGGGGAAGGAAAUGACUAUCCUCGUAAAGUGGUUGAUAAAAAUGAUCCACGAAGCCGACUCCAUUAUGUAAAGUACCUGAAACGAGAUGGCAAGACUCUUAAAAUGUGGGAGUGUGGCAUAUGUGCGAAAGAGUUUCGUCAUCAAUACACAUUAAUGCGUCAUCUUCCAACUCACACAGAUGAAAGGAAUUUCAAGUGUGAAACCUGCGGUAAAGCUUUUAGACAGAUGAGUACGUUAUCACAGCAUCGAGCAAUCCAUAGUGAUGCAAGGCCAUAUGUUUGUGAACUGUGCAAGAAAACAUUCAACCGUGUUUCAACACUUAUCUCACACAGGAAGACUCACUCAGAACAUAAACCACACAAGUGUCAGGUGUGUGGCAAGGGAUUUCAUCAAAAGGGAAACCUACGUAAUCACAUCUUCACCCACACUAAUGAACGGCCUUACAAAUGUGAACUUUGUGGGAAAGGCUUCAACCAAAUGUCAAACCUCAUGUGCCAUAAGGUAAAGGCUCAUACUCAUGGGGACAAGUCACGGUAUAUCUGCCAUCUCUGUCACAAAGAGUUUCCACGGAGGUUUGCAUUACGUUCACAUGAAGAGUACAAACACGGAAUAAAGUAUCGUGGGGGAGAAAGGAGGCAGGAACUGGAUCCUGACACAUUUAGAGAGCUUGUAUCUCGAAAGCAGAAGAAACGGGAGGAGAAGAACCUGCGGAUCAUUCAUUUGCCCAAUGGUGAUCGAACGUUAGCAGAUAUACAUGAUCUGAAGAAUCCUCAUCUCUCAUUUUCUCCUCUGCAAAGGCUAAAGCUCUCCAAAAUGUUAGCUAGUCAUGGAAGUCUCUACCAAGAAAAGAGUGCUUCUGCGGGUGUACUUAUUGAUCCUAUCAACACUAAGGCGAUGCAAACUGCUAAACAAGCUGGUCAGACACCAUUUGCAUUGCUUAAACCCGCAAAGGGGAUACCAGUAUUAGUCAAAGUCAUGGCAGCCCCUGAUAACAAGCAGAUGCUGGUUCCAGCUACAGCUGAAGAUCUGAAGUCUGCUGGCAAAAUCACUGUCUCUCCAAACUUCAGUAAUGCAAAUAAUGGGAACUCAGUUAAAGCUGUACAAAUUAAGGUGCCUGUUGUGGCAACUGUGAUCCAGAAAGUUGGACCAGAUGGCCAGUUAACAAUUCAAGUGGAACCACCUGGACCAGAGCAUGAGUCUGAUCUGGCAAAUACUGCAAAUCAGCACCAUCUUGAUGAUGUAACAUCUGAUUCUCUUCUGGAUCUGGAGGGACCUAGUCCAAAGGUGCAAUAUGUGCGUGAAGAUGGAAGUGUAAUUCCCGAAGAUGAACUUCAGGAAUUGAGUCCUGUUAACUUGUUGGCAGCUGCAGUCAACAUGGUAGAUAGAGGUGGAGCAAAUGAAACUUCAAGUUCUACAAAUGCUGUGGAGCAUGAUCCAGCUCCAGCUCUGCUUGAGCUGGCAUCAACAGGUGAAAUCCAGUUUGUUCGUCCAUCAGAAGACGGUAACUAUGAGAUUCUGAGUCAUGAGGAAGCAGCACAGAUGAUGCAGCAGCCAGGGCAGACCAUUGAAAUUGUCAGUGAUGGCCGUGAAGUACAGACACAGGAGUCAGUGGAAGACUCUGAUGAAGUGAACCAGAGCAACCUAAGUGCUUUAGUUGAUGCCAUUCGUUCAGCAGGGUACCAUGUAACAGAGAACCAGAAACAGAUUGUGAUAACAGAUGGCGGUGAGGAACUCUCAUUUGAUGGGACUGGUGGAGAGCAGCACAUAGUAUAUGGCGAUGCAGAACAGAUAAUGCUGAAUGAAGAUGGUGAUCCCAUUGAAAUGGUAUUGGGAAAUGAUGGUCCAAUUCAAUUUGUGAUACAUGAAGCAGGAAAUGUAGUUAGUUCAACAGACCGCAGUUUAGAAGUUGUCACAAAUACCUGAUGAGAUAGCUUUACAUAUGCUUUAUGUCAUGGUUGUCCAACUGUUUGGCAUCUGGGUAAUGUCAAUUCAGGUUCCAGUUCAAUUUUUCAUGUAACAUUAAUGUUUGCAUCUGUUCAUGUUUCAUCCAGUGAAACAAAAAUAUGAAUAGUGUAUAUUAUGUUUUAUAGAAUUUAUAGGCCAUAGAAGGGAACAUGUUAUAUAUUUUAUUAUUUAAUUUUGGAAUUGAUAUUAUUUGCCUAUAUUGUAGUCUUUAUAAACUGAAGAAUAGAACACUGAACUCCGAUAGAAAAGACCUGGAAUGGUAAUGGUACAAUUAAUGGGUAAGUUUUAACUUACAAAGUCAUUCCUAAAAAUCAUUAUCCAUACAUUGUACAGAGAUAACCUCUGUGUGAGGUGUAGCUAGAAAGUUUCAGGAAUGACUUUGUAUGUUAAAAUUCAUCAUACCAGUUAAUUGCUAUUAUCUUCUUCCCUUUUUCAGCUGUACACAAAGCUACUUCCUACUAUAUUUGGUAGUCAUUUCUGGGGUGAAUGUACUGAUAUCACUUUCAGUGUGUGUGAUGUAUGCUGGUGAACCUUCUCCAGUGACUCAAAAUGUCCCUGUUUCUGUAGCUGGACACACAAGUCAUAUGGAGCAAAACUGGGAGAACAGGGACACUGUUGCAUCAGAAAUUGCCUCACAGAUACUACAAUGUGAGAUGGUGCUCUUGUCUGACCGCAGGUCACCUUUUCCGCCUCUUUCACCUCUUUCUACCAUGCUGUAGAACUUUGAGGUAAAAUUGACAUUUUAUCCUUGGGAACAAAUUCUGAGCUGACAGCUACUUGUUUAUUAAAAAAUAUGUAACCUUAUCGAAGAAAUUUUGUAAACUUGUUCUUCCCUUAGUCAUUGGUCAUCAGUCAAGUUUUUGACACCAUCAUAGCACAGGCCAUUUUCAUUUCAUUGUUGGUGGUUAAAAUUUUACAAACAUUUUUCUGUAUCCAUCCUUAAUUCUGCUGCUAUCAUUCUGAUAGUCAUUCCUUGAUUGGCGCAAACCACUCGCCACACUUUUUCAACAGUUUCAUCAGUUUUCACUAUUGUGAGCUGGCCAGAUCAAGAAUUAUCAUGGACGUCUUCUCUUCCUUCAUGAAAUCAUGUAUUCCGCUCAGAAACUCAGUCCUUUGACACUGCAGACUCCCCAUAGUCUUCUUCCAAGAAUUAUAACUUUCAGCAGCUAUUUCCUUCAAUUUUGUGAGAAAUUUUAGAUCAAUUUGCAGGUCAAAAAAAAUAUCAGGCAUGUUUAUGUCAUUGAAACAUGAAGUACUUUAAUUUUACUUAGUACUGUUAGGCAUACAAUAAAUGCACACAAAUGCACAAUCAAUCAAACAGUAGUUGAAAAACACAAAACAGUGACAGGUUUGAGGCAGGAUGUGACAUCAGCACUCUACUAUGGUAAUUCUUGAAACUUUAUAGCUACCCAUACAUCAGAACCCAUAGGAUGUUUAACUCUGUUAUAUAUAGGCUUUUAAAGUAUGUUCUACCUUUUUUAUUUCAGUUUGUUUUUAAUUUAUGUGUAAUAUUGUGGACUCCUAUAUACAGGACAAUGAAAAUAGCAUAAAGUGACUUAUAGGCCUGUUAUUGUUUACCAAUUUUAUUAAUAAUUAAUUAUUUUUUAAUUAUUUUAUUCAGGGUGACUUAUAAAUUCAGGGUCAUAUGACACCUUGUUUAUUUGGCAAGACAUGGUGAAAUGUAAAAAGGGAAAAUUUGUUGCAACUCAUGUAUUUUCACUUCCAGGUGUUGGGAGUUUUUUCCCCCUAGAACAAGUUUUGCAGCACUACAUUCUUCAAGUGUCGGUAGUAAGAAGUUAGAGUGAUAUUGCCAGAAUGAUGAAAAGGGGUAUGUUACUGGUAUAAGGGGCCAAAGGAUAAACAUACAACAUGAAACAGAAAUAUUGAACUUAUGUUGUUAUAGUAUGGUUAAUUAUGGCAAAAGGUUGCAAGUCCACAGAACUACAAAUGCAUUUGGAACACCACAAAGGUUUGCACAUUCAGUGCCAGUGGUUCAGUCACUUUUUACCUCAAUGGUGGAUUGGUCCAGGAGGACCACUGAAAUGUCCACUGCAUUUCCCAGACUUCACAUAAUUGGAUGUUUUCAUAUGGGAUCACUUGAAAUCCAUAGCAGAAAAAAAGAAGGUAAAGCUAUACCUCUAACAGGCCAUGGGGGCCUGUAGGGUUGUGAGAUGUCAAGAUUCCCACAUUUUCUAGUUAGCCGGCUCAGAUGGCAGUCAGGCUGUCAGCCUCACGUGCUGGCUGCCCUUUACCCCAAGGAAAAUUCGUGGUACUCAUUUCUGUUAGAGGCUGAGUCAACUCCAGGGCCGU